UAACCAAUCAAGCGUUUCUCAAACUAAGUUAAGCAAUGUACCAUGGACCUACAUACCAAACUUGGUGUUCUUUGGACAUAUGGUUCGUGAGAAUAUGUUUUUCAGGUUUUCCAAAAUGUCCAAGAUGGAGGAAAAUCUAUCCUAAUGGACCUUACGGGUCCUUGAGGCAAGUUUGUUCAGCAUGAGGAAAGACCCCUGUAUUUCAAGUCUCGAGGUCAAACGGGUCGGCGAAUAUGAGGGUUUAAGUGCCAUUCUUUUUGACCAAGUUACUCACGGCCUCUAGUUUCUGUGUGCCGAAUUAGGUGUUGUUUUUUUUAACCAAUCUAUGCUUGAGUUAUUGGAAUGAAGAUGAUCAAAAGUGUGGCUCACUUCUGCCCACAGCACACACACACAUUAGUGACUCCCUGAACACAAUGUUCAAGCUCCAACCUUUCAAAACACACCAGCAGCCCCGGCUCUCUCCUCCACUGAGAGCUCAUUGGGCAGUGCCUCCUAUCUGACUCCGCUGAUUGGCUAUUGAAUGUUGUCUACCAGGCAGCAGAGGAACUGUCAGCAGGAGGGGACAGGGAGAAAGAAGGGAAAGAGAGAGAGGGAGGAUACAGUGCAAUAUUGUGAGAGGGAGAGAGCAAAACAGAGAGAGUAAUAGAGGAAGCAAGAGCACCUUCAGGCAAAAGGAGGAAGAAGAAAAAGGGAAAGUAGGAAAAUCCUGUCUGUGGUGCUAAAGCUGUUUACGUCCGAGGUUGCUGAAGACAAGGAGGGGCUGUGACUGAGAUGAGAGCGCUGCUGUAGCUGGGUCCAGUUCUAAGGAUGCCGGGGUGGAAGUGAGGUUCUAUAGCGGUUCCACAGCAGUUCCACAGUACCACCAGGCAGGAACCAACGCUGGGAUGCAGAACCUACGACAAGCAGCCACGGAGGCUUUCCAUCGCCUGGGUCUGAAGCAAAGACAGCUGGGAUAUGAGGAGUUGGAUGAGACAGACCCGUCCUACUCCAAGCCCCGGCCUCACUGGUUCCACACGAUGCAGGUCGGCAGGCUGGCGGUCCAGAGAGGACGCAGCAACAGUGACCCUAUGGGAGGGAAAAGUUUCGAUCAGGACUUCCAAUGGAAAACAGGCCUACAGUUUGGCACAGCUAACUCCUACCUGAACCUGGAGAAGAUAGGGGAGGGGACAUACGCUACAGUCUACAAGGGAAUCAGCCGGAUAAACGGGCACCUUGUGGCCUUGAAGGUGAUCCGUAUGAAGACGGAAGAAGGCGUACCAUUCACUGCCAUCCGAGAGGCCUCCCUCCUGAAAGGCCUGAAACACGCCAACAUUGUCCUGCUCCAUGACAUCAUCCACACCAAAGAGGCACUCACAUUUGUCUUUGAGUACGUACAAACAGACUUGGCUGAGUAUAUGACGCAGCACCCAGGGGGCCUGCAUUCCUACAAUGUCAGGAUCUUCAUGUUCCAGCUGCUGCGGGGUCUGUCCUACAUCCACGGUCGGAGGAUCCUGCAUCGGGACCUCAAACCCCAGAACUUGCUCAUCAGCUACCUGGGGGAGCUCAAACUGGCCGACUUCGGGCUGGCCCGGUCCAAGUCCAUCCCGUGCCAGACCUAUUCGUCUGAGGUGGUGACUCUGUGGUACCGACCUCCUGAUGUCCUCCUGGGUUCCACUGAUUACUCCACUGCUCUGGACAUCUGGGGAGCUGGAUGCAUCUUCAUUGAGAUGCUCCAGGGGACGCCAGCCUUUCCAGGGGUGGCAGACGUCUUUGAGCAGCUGCAGAACGUAUGGACUGUCGUAGGGGUCCCGACUGAGGAGACGUGGCCAGGAGUGAACGAGCUGCCCAACUUCAAACCAGAGUGGUUUCAACCGUGUGAGCCCCAGCAAUUCAGGAAUGUUUGGAAAAGACUGUCCAAGUUGCCCUAUAAGACGGAGGACCUGGCCCAGAAGAUUCUGAUCACCAUCCCACGAGACCGCAUCUCGGCCCAGGAUGCACUGCAGCACCCCUAUUUCAACACGCUACCGCCCCCCAUCAUGCAGCUACGAGACACUGUAUCAGUCUUCAAGGUCCCCGGAGUGAGGCUGGAGACAGAGGUGAAGGAUAUCUUCAGUCCCAGUCUAAGGAUCAGACCGUCCCAGCUGGUGCCCUUGGCUAAGUGCUGGUGAUAAUGGACCCCUAAACCACUGGGCUUGACCCCUGACCCCUAGCCCCUAACCCCAGGCCCAUAGCCCCAGGCCCCUAGCCCCAGGCCCCUAACCCCAGGCUCCUAGCCCCGCCUGCAGGCUAGACCCCCAUCUGAUCAAGAUGGAGAGGCAUGAGGCGUCUCACACACACACAACACUUAACUACACCACCAGCGUCCUCCACCAACCUCUGCUCUUGACUCCACCCAGCAUUCCUCAGUCACAGUUCCCAUGUUGUAAGAAGACAGGAGAGAAGAGGGAGGUUUUGAAUGGUACCUGGUAUAUCACAUAUUAGAUGAUGUCAGAAGUACGGUAUGCACUGUAUAUACUCUCUAUCUGAGACCCGGUGUCUGUUGUUGGUGGCAACGGAAAGCUAGGCAAUGUCUAAGAGAACUGACAGGAAGCUCAGAACUCCUUAACAUCUUCCUUCUGCGGAACCACCUCCUCCUGCGUCCUCCCUCUCCUUAUCAGAGCGUCUCCCUGGACUCACUAUGCUCUCUCUGCCUCCUUCUAAAUCUACACUGAGAUUCAAUGAUGACUAUGGGUUUGUUUUGCAGAUGAGCGUUUUAUUUUGUACUGCCAAAACAUGCAUAUAUUAUAUACCUCUUAUAUUAAUCAGGUCCUUGUGAACCAUGAUUGUUCUUUUGCACAGCAUGUGGGUGGGUAUCCCUGCAACAGAACGACUGUGACGGUUGUGUGUACACUGUAACUCAAGACGUAUUGUACCGUGAAACUUCCUCCUCAACACCCCACGCUAUGUAUUUUUCGGCAAUCUUGUGAUGUCCACUCUUCAAUUGUCCUACACUUGGGUGCAGCUUUGCCUUUAAAAUGUGUGUGUGUGUGUGUGUGUGUGUGUGUGUGUGUGUUUCGUGAGAAUGAGUGAAGGAGUGUGUGAGUCAAUAAAUGUUGCAGUAAUGA